AUUAGAGAAUAAAAUCUCAGCAUGAUGUUCCUCAACAGAGACUCCAGUCCAGCUGAGGACGGCAGAGGGGCUGCCCUUCUUCAAUGUUCGCUGCCAGAAUUAUAUGCAUGUAUUGAACAUUUUAAUAAGGAGAGCAAGAAAUCAAAUCUUCUAAAAAUACAUAGUAUUUCACUUAACGAAGCACAGGAAGCACUUGCUAAAAACCUGAAUGUUCUGUCAUUGACCAAGGGCACUGAUGUGAGAAGAGAUCUCCAACCUGUUAGCAGGUGCACAGUGGUUAAAAAAGAGAAGAAGCCAGCAUCCAUGACUGAGCUGCUCCACCGCACCUUACUGGAGGGCUCACUCUCUCCAGUGGAGAGGCUCUCCAGGUCCCAGCAGAGGCUGUCACAGUGUGGGAUCCCCCCUCCCAAGCACACUUUUCCUUAUGAAAUUCUCAUUGAUCACUCGAAUGCCUUGGCCCAGGUUACCACACAGAAGAAGCUUCCAAGCGCCAAAAUCUUAUGCAGGCUAGGCAUUACCAGUGCCACUACGGAAAAAUUUGCCUUUGAAGAUAAACUUCAUAGAUACUUCUUAGUUGACCCAGGUAAUUUAAACAGAUGAGGCCACGUGGCAGAAAAGGAAUGGAAAUCUCAUUGCAAAUUUACUAGAGCAGACAUAGUCAAAUGCUGACUUAACAGCAGUUUUGCAAUUCUGGGGUUCAUGGCUGAACAAGCCUGGGAAACAUAGAAAGACCCCAUCUCUACAACAAAAAAUUUAAAAUUAGCUGAGCUAGGUGGCAUGUACCUAUAAUCUCAGCUACCUGAGAGGUUUAGGCAUGAGGAUCACUUGAGCACGGGAGUUCAAGGUGGCACUGGGCUAUGAUCACACCACUGCAUUUCAGCCUGGGCAACAGAGCAAGAACGUGUCCCUAAAAAA